AUGCGCCCAACAGGCUACGCCUCCGACGCCUCCAGCGAUGGUCAAGCAUCCGGGGGCCGCAAGAUUUCCAGCAACGUUGGGCCAGUACCAUCAUCUGGGGGUCUCAACCGCCCAGCAGGAAACAUCAUAAAGGGUGCGGUCGACGAUAAGGGCAACUUGAAGGAUGCGGCGCUUCUUCUUGGUAUCAAGUUGGACCUGGAGGCGGAGAUUCAUUUGACCGCACGGAUUCGAGGAGAUAUCACAAUUGGUCUAUAUUGA